UCUUAAAAAAAAAGAGAAAAAAAGGAAAACAGAAAGACGUUUCUUACAUCUUGAUUUCUGAUUUUCUUCGAGCAACUCUAUAAUCCGAUCAGAGAAUCCAUCGAUUCAGCAUGUAUAUCCAAUCAGAGAAUCCAUCGAUUCUGCAUGUAUCUGGGCCGAUCUAGAUCGUUGAUCAUAUUUGGCUUCAAUUGAGUGUGAAUUAUUGCAAAGAGAAGCCGGAUAGCCACUCAUGAAGGUAGGAAACACCAUGACCGAUAUCUGAAGGUAGACAGGAGUCGAAAACCCCGAUUGUCUUAAUCCUGGCAAAAGUUAGAUUUCAAUGCGUGCCCAUAAACCAAUCAAUCAUCAUCUCUAUAAGAUAUGCAAGACACCGACUUGAACUCUCCAAGCCGUUUUGUACAGCUUCACAUCAUCAAGGAAAGCAAUUGAUUGAGACAUUGGAAAAAAGAAAAAUGAGUCGUUUGCUGUGAGUAAAGACCAUGCCCAGAAGAAGACUUUUCGCCGUGGCUAGGACAUUCGCCUUCUGGGACGUUCACAGUUGGCACCCGUCUAAGGAUAGUAUUUUUUUUUCCGACCCUGGUUAUAUUGGUUUGGCAUUCCGCUUGCCUCUUUAUGAAGAGGGUGUUCGAAGCCUGCGCUCAAUCGAUGCUUAUUGUGGUAGGGAUAUGUUCUCCGAAGACCAGAUGUUAAAGUGCGAAGAUGUCGGAAUCAACGUCAUGCUCUUAGGGAAUACUAGAUCGGCAUUCGUUAAUUUGAUGUUAUGGGACAUUGCAUCAAUGGCAAGGAGCCAGCGUUUUGGAAGUAAAAAACCAAAUUUGGUGGUCUUUUCAAAAAUCUCUGAGCACACGGAGAUGAUGACUAAGGCUCUUGUUUCUUUGAGACGAGUAGGUUGCAAUGUUUUGUUUGCAAUGCCUAAUGAUACCAAUAAAUCAUAUGGAGAUUUUGGAGUCUCCUUAUCUGAGGACGAGUAUGGCAAUGUUUCCUUAGCACUGCUGUCUGAUCCCUCAUCAAAAGUCCCAGUAGUGUCUUGUCCAGACCUAUUUGAUAAAGAAAAAGUACUUGCAAAUGUUUAUGAUCCUGAUGAAGAAGAAGAAGAAGAAGAUGAUGUAAUGGAUGUAGAAGAGGUAGAGCGUAGAGUUUCUCCAGAGCCUUUCAUACCCCCUGAGGCAGAGGCAGAGAGUAGUACCUGUUUCGUCCUUCCCGAAAAGGUUGGUACAUGCGUCUUCUGGGACGUCCAGGAUUACCAAGUUCCUCUAGGUCUGCAGCCUGAAACGUUUAUUCAGAAUAUCAAGACAGCUCUUGGAACAGAGGAUGACAUCUUAAUCUUGGCUUAUGGUGCUGAUGAGAAAUCUUUCCCGGAUAGCUAUCGUACCCAUUCCAUAUUCACCUCAGUUUCAGCAGACAAAUAUACAAGACUUACUGUGAUGAUGGUGGACAUUAUUUGCUGGGUUGUGAAAAAUCGUUCUGCGUGCCCAAACCUGUUGGUAAUCGCGAAUGCCAGUGUAGAAGAUCCACAAUUCUGGCCAUUUCUUCUAGGUUUGGGAUAUAGAGGUUUCAAUAUUUUUGCAACAAUCCCUGAUACGGACUUACCUGAUGAUAAAACUGAGACGGCGGAAAGGCUUAUGUUUAACAAGUCCUUAUUGUCUUGGAAAAACCUUUCAUGUAAACGAAAGCGUAAGGGCAUAGAGGAUACUGUUUCUGGUUCUGAUGACUAACUUCUGUGCGCAGCAGGUCUCAACUACCCCCUGGUUUGACAACAAUGUUUUAUCAUUUCUAUGUACCUCUGAAAACAUUGAGCUUUCAUCUUUGUUAAACUCUUUCUUCUGUUGAACGCUUUGCUCUGUUAAACUCUUUCUUCUGUUUAACUUUUGCUGUUUUAUUCGUUUCCCGUUCUAUUUUUAA